AUGACGUCUGCGCCUACCCGACGGAAGCAUCUAAAGAGCCGCAACGGCUGUAUUCAAUGCAAGAAGCGCAAAAUAAAAUGUGACGAAAAUGGAUCCGUCCCUUGUGCACAAUGUGUCAAAAGUCGGCAUGUCUGCUCCUUCGCUCCACCCCCGGUUGUUGAUUCAAACUUCUCCACGACAUCCCGUCUGGACCUUGAACUACUCCAUAACUAUACCACCAAGACGGCAUGGUCUCUCUCGGAGAAUGUCGAGGUUCAAAGAUUCUUCGGUGCUGAGUUUGUCCAACUUGCCAUGCAAAAUGACUAUCUGCUUCACUGCAUCCUGGGUCUAUCGGCUUUCCACAUGGCAAAUCAACAUGGGAAGACUGAAGUAUCUCAGUUGAUCGGUCUGAGCUAUUCCAAGGACAUUUAUCUCCGAGCAGCAUACAGCCAUCAUGAAAGUGCACUGAAGGGCUAUCGUCAAUGUAUCCCAACCUUGAACCCAGACACUUGCCAUGCCAGUUUUGGCUGUGCCUGUCUCCUGUUCAUUAUCUCCUUCGCCCGGCCACCAGAGAGUGACGAUAGGCCAAACCAGGACAAUCAUCCUGCACACAUAUGGCUUGGCUAUCGGCUUUCAGAAUGGAUCAUUUUGAUAAAAGGCCUUCCGUCCAUUCUCACCUACGAGGAGUUUCGGUCAGCACUUGAGAUUGGACCGGUAGCUCCUCUCAUGAAGAAUACCGAAGAACACUCAGCACAAGAUGGGACUCCUCCCAUGGAGAGCGAGGCUGUCUAUAUUCAACUUCGUGAACUCUCCAAAGCUAUCAGGGAUCACUCCUCUGAUAAGAGAACCGCUCAAAUAUGCCAGUUCGCAAUCGAGACGCUCUGCAGCAUUGUCGCUGAAUUAAAGCAGUCCAGUGACCAUGUCCUUGCAUUCGUUUGGCCUAUCAGAGUCGACCCAGAGUAUCUCAUCAUCCUCGAAGAGAGAAGACCAGAGGCAUUGUUGGUAUUCGCUUACUACUGCGCCCUGCUCUACAUGUCGAGCUCCAGAUGGUGGACUAAGGGGUGGCCACCACCAAUUGUCCAAUCCAUCAGAGACACCAUUGGUGAAGGGUGGACCCCAUGGCUCCAGUGGCCCCUGCAGAUGAUCUUUUCCGGUACCGGUGAGCUAUUUGAGAUCACCGAGCGGUGA